GGAGAGAUCACUCAUUGUUACCAUCUACCUGUAAUACCGGGACCUGAGAGACGGAUCCGAGGACGCUGCAGCUUCAGGGUCACUGCCCACCGGCUCCUGUCACAUUGCAGGAUAUUUGGGGUGAGCACGUAGCAGGGACCCCCCUUACUGAUGACGUGGUUCCGGCUCGCGGCAUGGUGCCUCUGGGUCUUCUACAUGGUGGACGCUCAGUGGAGGCAGCUGGGAAUGUGUGAAGAUUACUUUGACGACCAAUAUGUUGGAUGCCUCAACCAAAUGCAGGCCCUAGCGCCAGAUUUACUGAGGAAGGAAAGGCAGAAUGACAAGGAAUUGGACAUUGCUUGGAAAAAUGCUUCUGAAACUUGGCUGAUAAAAAAGUCCUCAAUGAAAACUCUUCCUGAGGGAUUUAAAGAUGAACAUGGGAUAGCGCUAUUAGUGCACGUCAAUAGUGAAACUAAGUUAAAACACGCUGUAGUGCAAUAUGAAAUGGAUCCCCAAUCAUUCAUGUACCACUCAUUCCAUUUUUACCUCACCAGAGCCAUGACUUUGCUCCGAGCCGGGUGUGAUGGGAAACCACUGACCACCUAUAUAGGGACAAACAUUAUCAGUUAUCCACCUCUUGGGUCCCUGCACCAUGUCAGACUCCAAGAUUUUCUUUCUACAACUGUUGACUUCAGUCUGGCGCAGACGUUUGGUAACGUGUCUUUCUUCAAUAUCACCACAUGCUUCGGGGUAGAAGUACACAACUUCUCCUUUAGACCUUUCGAGAAAGAGGUGAUGAUUCCAGUGAAUGAGGUGUUUCAUGUCUCUGAAAACAUCAAGGAGGGGAACAUAUUCAUCCUGCAGAGCACUGAGAAGAGGUGCAGCUACUACAACUGUGCCUACCUGGGAGGUAAUAAGAGCCGUUACUGCAAAAUUAGACCAGAUCCAAAUACAGCAAAGUCCAGUGAAGCAGCGACGGUGCCCCUGCUGGUUGGUUUGGGUAUUGGUGUCAGUUUCGUGACACGCUGAUUCUAUAACGGUGGUUCUGAUCCCCGCUGGAUAGAGAUGUAGGUGGCUGCAUCGUAGUGGAGGUCCCGCAGCAGUAAUCCACCGAAUGGGACGGCUUCUAUCUUCUGAUACAUAAUAAAGAUUUCUGCAUAACG